UUGUCACAGCUAUUGGAUAUAAAUAGUGGAUGUAUUUGAGCGAUGUAUCAGAAAGGAGUAAAAGUGGUGGUUGAAAUUUAUGUUAGAGCGGUGACCUGUCCUGGAGUGCACCUACCAGCGAAGGAUGACAUGUACCUCAGCAUGUGCCUGAUGAACCAGUACCGAAUGUCACAAUGUCUCCCAGCUGUAUUCCCCUUAAUGUUCAGGACAAAGAUGACAUUUGAGAAGAUAUUCAAGUACGCCAGAGAUCCUGCGGAUGUUGCUGAAAUGUUGCAAUGUGAAACUGUUAAGGUUGAGCUCAUACAACUGAUCCCGCCAGUUGGGGAAGUGUUGGCCACAUAUGAGGACGAUGCUAGAAGUUUUCUUUUUCCAGAGCCUAAGCUGGUGCCUUCUUUUUCUGGAGAAGAUCGUGAAGUGCUAAUGACAAGAGACCCCAGUUUUCCUGGUAUUUCCCCAAGGUUAGAGUUCUCCACCAGGACGAAAAUCAGCGAGUGCACUGAGAGGGAUCUUUUCCAGAGUGUCCCUGUGAGAGUCCUAACAAGAAAAAGACCAAAGUCUACCAGACGUCAGAUUCACUUCUCUGAACCAAGAGGCCUUAGGAAUUCAGCGAUCUUGAGGUCCCGGUCCCUCUCCCCAUUCAGGAGCUUUGGUUCUAGCAGGGACAACUCUGAAACUGUAAAUAGACAUCUCCCUGAUGAUAACCCCUCAGACACACAUGAUCUCCAUGGCAACACAGAGGAUCCAUCCCAGGAUAAUCAUCCUUCGGGAUAUAAGGGAUUUCCCGGCUCAGUUGCACUAAGCCACUCCAGAAUGACAUACCCAAAGCUGAACAGCAGUUCUUUCCUGCACACCCCGAAUUCAUGGGAAGUGGUUCAGGAGCGAGUGCGCCAUCUCCUCACCUCUCCCCAAGCUGUUCGCAGACUUGCCUAUGGUGCUACAAAGUCUGAAAGAGAUGAAGUGUUAGAACGCAGGUCCAUAUCACAACCCCAAACUUUCUAAAAACGAAGGUGGAUACCUGAAGACUGGUUUUUCUUUUCUUCUUCUUGAAGCAACCAAAGCGCUAAGGUUCAACGCUGAUUAAGUGUGAAUUCUUUAACAAAUCUUCAGGGGAUGUGCACUUGUGUGUAAAUGUGUGUAUAUUCAACUAUUCUUAGAUGACAUUUGAGAAUAAAUCAUUAUAACAUGUUGUGUUCAACUUGUCUGUGAUGGUCAAUUGAUUUAUCAGU